AUGAUGUGCAGAAGCUUAACAUUACGUUUCUUCUUAUUCAUUGUUUUAUUACAAACAUGCGUACGAGGUGGUGAUGUUAAUGAUAAUCUCCUCUCGUCAUGUUUAAACUCCCAUGGUGUUCACAACUUCACCACGCUAUCAACCGAUACAAAUUCCGACUACUUCAAACUGCUGCAUGCAUCCAUGCAGAACCCGUUGUUCGCGAAGCCUACGGUAUCGAAACCGUCGUUUAUUGUAAUGCCCGGCAGCAAAGAAGAAUUAUCGAGCACCGUUCAUUGUUGUACAAGAGAAUCAUGGACUAUUCGACUGCGGAGCGGCGGUCAUAGUUAUGAAGGGUUGUCUUAUACUGUUGAUACACCUUUUGUGAUUGUUGAUAUGAUGAACUUGAAUCGAAUUUCCAUUGAUGUCGUGUCGGAAACAGCUUGGGUUGAAUCCGGUGCAACACUUGGAGAACUCUACUAUGCGAUUGUGCAGUCGACGGGAACACUGGGGCUUACUGCUGGUUGGUGUCCGACUGUUGGUAGCGGAGGACAUAUAAGCUGUGGUGGUUUUGGUAUGAUGUCGAGGAUGUAA